AUGUUCUCCCUGGCACACCGGCCGAAGCGCCGCGUCAAGGGCAAGGACUCGACGACAAACAGCGCACACAUCUCAGGACACCCGCCCGUCGCGCAGCCACCUGCUUCAUCGCUGGCCAACCCUUCAGCUCAAAUCCCCUCUCCGCUGAACCUAUCUUCGGAUGUCAAACAGCAGCUCCACCAAUCUCCAGCUGCAGAAGAGCAUUAUCCUUCCGGUGUCCAGACUGGCUUCGUCCCAGCACGGGGCGAUGAUGUCGAGCCGCCCCGGACGCGACGCCCAGCACGACAGGCCAAAGCCAAGGGCCGGAAGGUCAUCGGGCGCAAGCAAGAACCGCGCCGCAACAGCACCUCACAGCGUGAUCGUGCGGUGCAGUCCCCGCGCCUCCAGGGGAAGCCUGCGGAGCGGAAGCGCAACUCUUCGGGACCACGACUGGACAAGAACCGGGACCGCAGACUGGCGCAACUCCUUGACGCCUACUCCAAAGAAUCUCCCGAUGUCAGUCACAGCUACCAGGCCAUUCAGGAUGUCCUGAACGGACAGCUGCUGGGGUUUGCUCCGGCACACGAGAUCUUGAAACACGACCGACUGGGAGACUUUGCCAUUGCUUUCGAGAUGUACGAGCCUGCCGUCGGUGCCACCGGUGUGCGUGCCUCAAAGAGAAUCAAGAUCUUUGUCUCUCGCUUAAUAGAUAGCAUCUUGAGCAAGACCCAGAGAGGAGCGGUUGCAUACGAGCCCGGCGAUGGGAACUCGGUCGAGUUCUAUCAGAGAUUCUUGAACGUUUUCAAACGUGGAAGACAUCAAGAUGCAGAGUACCUCCAGGCCGAAACAUUGCACGGCCUCGUGACUAACCUUGCUUUGGCAAGGAAGCGCUUCUUGCAGGACCUGCAGGUUCACGGUCUCAGCGUGGCCCCCGAUGAGGCGAUGGAGAUGGAUGAGCAACACGAGGACGACUCUGACGUUGAGGAAAAGCAGACACAAAAGCCAUGUCUGCCAGAUGUCUUGGAGAUGGAAGACGAGCAACAGCUUCCGGAUGUCUCGGCAGCGAAGCGUGACAACAGAUUAGCCGCGCUCUUCGACCAGUGGAUAGCCUUCACAGAUGCAGACCCGAACAAUAUUGCUCUUGACGAGGCGAUGGAUUCCAUACGGCAACUAUAA